AUGGAUUCCACCAUUCAAUCCAUAUCUGGAAAUGCUCAAGCUUAUGACUCGAAAAAUCUCUUGUAUUAUGAUUCAGUGACAACUUUGAAGGGAGUUUAUUAUUAUUGUUUUGACAUGUUGCAGAAAAAGCUUGUCCACAUGUCUCCAGUACCAUUCUCGUUGGAUAAUGCAGAAUUUGAUGCAAGUGAGAAUCGACUGAUUGGAUUAGUGGAUGAUGUUUUUGCUUAUUUGGAUUUGGAGAGUGGAAAAUUUGUGAGAAUUCCAUCAUUGAAUUUUUCACGUAUUGGCUUUCGUCAAUUGGGAGCUUCUGCCAUUUCGAGUGAUUCAAGAUAUUACUUUGUGUUUUAUGAGAAUCAUCAAGCAGAGUCAUUCUUUGUGAGGGUGGAUUUAAAGACUCUGUCGUAUCGAGUGAAUCAAGUGUAUGAUUUGAUUGGAACGAUGAUUUAUAUUCCUUAG